AUGGUAUUUCUCCGCUCAGCCUCCCGCCUUGUGCGCCCCGCGUCCUCCCUCCUCACAACUCGUGCUGGUUCACGGUUAACAUCGGGCGCCUCCCUCCUACGACAACCGAAUCAGUUCAGAACGCUAACCGCGACCGCUUCACAACAGGGCAAGGUUCUUCUCGUUCUCUACGAUGGUGGUGUCCACGCUGAGCAGGAGCCCCGUCUUCUCGGUACCACCGAGAACGAGCUUGGUCUGAGGAAGUGGAUCGAGGAGCAGGGCCACGAGCUCAUUACCACUUCCAACAAGGAAGGCGAGAACUCUGAAUUCGACAAGCACCUCGUUGACGCCGAAGUCAUCAUCACCACACCUUUCCACCCCGGUUACCUCACAGCAGAGCGCCUCGCUAAGGCCAAGAACCUGAAGCUUGCCGUCACUGCUGGUAUCGGAUCCGACCACAUCGAUCUCGAUGUUGCCAACAAGACCAACGGCGGUAUCACCGUUGCUGAGGUCACUGGCUCCAACGUCGUCUCCGUCGCUGAGCACGUCGUCAUGACCAUCCUUACCCUCGUCCGCAACUUCAUCCCUGCCCACGAGCAGAUCGCCCGUGGUGACUGGAACGUCGCCGAGGUCGCCAAGAACGAGUAUGACCUCGAAAACAAGGUUGUCGGUACCGUCGCUGUUGGCCGUAUCGGUGAGCGUGUCCUCCGCCGUCUCAAGCCCUUCGACUGCAAGGAGCUCCUCUACUUCGACUACCAGCCCCUGCGCCCUGAGGUCGAGAAGGAGAUUGGCUGCCGUCGCGUCGAGAACCUCGAGGAGAUGCUGGCACAGUGCGAUGUUGUAACCAUCAACUGCCCUCUCCACGAGAAGACCCGCGGUCUCUUCAACAAGGAUCUCAUCUCCAAGAUGAAGAAGGGCUCAUGGCUCAUCAACACCGCCCGUGGUGCCAUUGUUGUCAAGGAGGACGUCGCCGAUGCUCUCAAGAGCGGCCACCUGCGCGGAUACGGUGGUGAUGUUUGGUUCCCCCAGCCCGCGCCCAAGGACCACCCUCUGCGCUACGCCCAGAACCCCUGGGGCGGAGGCAACGCCAUGGUCCCUCACAUGUCCGGUACCUCGAUCGACGCUCAGGAGCGCUACGCCGCCGGUACCAAGGCUAUCCUCGAAUCAUACUGGUCUGGCCGCGAGGACUACAGGCCCGAGGACCUUAUCGUCUACAAGGGCGACUACGCUACCAAGUCGUACGGCCAGCGCACUAACGCUGAGCGCACCACUGCUCCCAAAUAAGCGGUUGAUGUUAGCAUGUUAAAACGAAUUUCCUUUUCUUGACGAGGCAAAGAGCUAACGGGUACUUUGGGCUUUGUGUAAAUCAGUAUAUCCAUUGAACUUCACUGAAUGUCUUCUGCGGUUGUGACAUGUUAUCAUUCAAGUUUUACUAACCAACAUCACUUCUCGACGUCCACUUUUCCAACGUGGCACUGGAUACCUUGCGACUGCCCCGUUGACAAACGCCAUACAGAUGAUGGUAGCCUUAUGACCUGUCUGGUUCACGGGGUAUUACCGCACUUGCCACAGCUACAGUCAAAACUAGCAAGUCGACAUAAAAAGUGUGGGUAGACAGCCAAUCAAGUAUAAAGAGAUCGAGGGAAUGCAUCGGUACUUCAGUCGCCGAUCGACAAUCUAUGGGUAUUGAG